CCCGCGCGCCGUCGGCGUCCGCGUUCGGCCGUUUGCGGCCGGGCGUCCGCGGCUAGGGCGCCAUGGACUACCGGCGCGUGCUGAUGAGCCGCGUGGUGCCCGGGCAGUUCGACGACGCGGACUCGUCCGAAGGGGAAAGCUUCGGCUUGAAGACAGUCACAGAGGAAGCCUGCGUUCUCUUUGAGGCCCUGCAGAAGAACCUGCCUGAGAAGACCGGGGAAGUUGAGGGGGAAGACGAGGAAGAUGAGGAGGAGUAUGAGGAGGAGGAAGAGGACUGGGACUGGGAUGAUGGAGCAGGAAAGUUCACCAGAGUUUACACCUCGGGUGGAGGGAGUAACCCACAGCCAAAUCGACAGACUUCCAACUGCAAUUUGUCCAAAAUGUCCACUCCAGCAGACAAGGUCUUACGGAAAUUUGAGAAUAAGAUUAAUCUAGAUAAGCUAAAUGUCACUGAUUCUGUCAUAAAUAAAGUCACCGAAAAGUCCAGACAAAAGGAAGCAGAUAUGUAUCGCAUCAAAGACAAGGCGGACAGGGCAACCGUGGAGCAGGUGUUGGAUCCCAGAACACGAAUGAUUUUAUUCAAGAUGUUGGUCAGAGGCGUCAUAACAGAGAUCAACGGCUGCAUCAGCACAGGGAAAGAGGCCAAUGUCUACCAUGCUAGCACAGCAAACGGCGAAAGCAGAGCCAUCAAAAUUUAUAAAACGUCCAUUUUGGUGUUCAAAGAUCGGGACAAAUAUGUAAGCGGUGAGUUCAGAUUUCGUCAUGGCUACUGUAAAGGCAACCCCAGGAAAAUGGUGAAAACUUGGGCAGAAAAAGAAAUGAGGAACUUGAUCAGGUUAAACACGGCUGGGAUCCCAUGCCCAGAGCCCAUCCUGCUGAGGAGCCAUGUGCUCGUCAUGGGCUUCAUUGGGAAGGAUGACAUGCCAGCGCCACUGUUGAAAAAUGUCCACUUGUCAGAAUCCAAGGCCCGGGAGCUGUACCUGCAGGUCAUAGAGUACAUGAGGAGGAUCUACCAGGACGCCCGGCUCGUCCACGCUGACCUCAGCGAGUUCAACAUGCUGUACCAUGGCGGAGGAGUGUACGUCAUCGACGUGUCCCAGUCUGUGGAGCACGACCACCCCCAUGCCCUGGAGUUCCUGAGGAAGGACUGUGCCAACGUCAAUGAUUUCUUCCUGAAGCACGGCGUUGCUGUGAUGACCGUGCGGGAGCUCUUUGAAUUUGUCACCGAUCCUUCCAUCACCCCGGAGAACGUGGAUGCUUAUCUGGCAAAGGCCAUGGAACUAGCAUCUCAGAGGACCAAGGAAGAUAGGUCCAGCCAGGACCACGUGGACGAAGAGGUGUUCAAGCGAGCAUAUAUCCCUAGGACCUUGACUGAAGUCACGAGUUACGAGCGGGACUUGGAUGUAAUGAUGAGGCUGAAGGAGGAAGACAUGGCCAUGAGUGCCCAGCAGGACAGUAUUCUCUACCAGACGGUCACUGGGCUGAAGAAGGACCUGUCAGGCGUUCAGGAGGUCCCUGCGCUCCUGGAAGAUCAAGUUAAGGAGAAGCCUUGUUCUGAGUCAGAAGAUACCGGAAGCUCCGAGUGCUCUGACACUGACUGCGAGGAGCAGGGGGACCACGCCUGCUCCAGGAAGCCCACACCCGACCUCGCGGUGGGCAGGAAGGUGACGCGCACUUGGAGGAAAGAGUGACGCCAGCACAGACAGACCUGGGGGCUUUGCCCUGGAGCCUGCCGCGUUGGCCUGCCAAGAUCCCCCCUCCCUGCCCUUGUUUCCCCACCUGUGAGCUGAAGAGUCAGUGAGGAAGUCCAGAAGGUUCCAGAGCCUCCGGGUCAGUGUGCUGGCCCUGAAGCAGCUGUGCCCUCCGAGCCCUCGAAACCUGGCCCGUCCGGACUGUGCGUGUGACUCUGUUACGGAUUCAGAAGCCUUAGCGUGUGAAACAGGACUAACGCCACUUAGUAAUUAAAAAAGGCUUUUGUGGGUUUUUUUUUAAAGAUUUAUUUAUUCAUUUAUACAAGCACUGGGUACAGUCAGAAGCGCGGGAGGGUGAGAGGAUUCACCAGAGCCAGAGCGGGGAGCAGAGCAGGCAGAAGGACCGAAGGACACUGCUGAGGGGAGCAGCGGGCGGCAGGAGAGGUCUGCGCGCCAUGUGGGACCCUCACUGCUGACCGGGGAGCAGCCGGGGAUUGAACUGGCGCUGCAGAGGCUGCGGGCAGCUUCACAGCCCAGCGCUCAACCGCUGCGCCACCGGGAAGGCCCUGAAAAAGGCUUUUUCAAGUGUCCAGAGAUUCAUUAAUCCACGUGACCAGCCUCACGAUUGGUGCAUGAUGGGGAGUGUUUCCCGGCUGAGGGGGCAGCUGUGGGGAAGCUGGGGGUCCCUCGGCUGGAACAGCUCGCGGGGAGACCCUUCCCCUGGAGUCGGAGCCUCUGCCUUAGGUUUGCUGUCUCCUGUGCUCACCGAGCAGGACUUGUGCGGUCACCAGUCCCUGGUCUGCUCUGGGGUCCGGGAUAUUCUUUCUGGCCCUGCGCGCGUGACCUUGGCGCCGCCCUGACCCCCAGACCAGGAAAUACAAGCGGGUCAGGCGCCGAUGCUUGCCCGAUGGGAGUGGGUCAAGGGGAGUGGGUGGAGCAACGUGGGAGAGGCCUGGGCCCAGGAGGAGAGGGCAACGACCAGCAAGGCCCGGACUGACCCCCUCUGGGUCAUUUGAAGUCCUGGCCACACGUUGGAAUGUGCGGUGUCAAAUAAAACAUGUUAAAAUGUUGCAUAAAGAUUCUACCUGUUUUUACCUCUCUGCGCGCCUGCCGGGGUGUGGACAGAGCAGUACGUGGAGGGGAAGGGUGAAGCUCCCCCGGGCCUGUCUGAGCCAGUCUUCUGUGUUUCAGGGUGUCUCUACGGCUUCGUGGUCAGAAAUACUCACUAGUCCUGAGAAACACAACGGUAAGACGGCCAUUCCGUCUGCUCUUGACGGAGCAGCAGGUGUAGUGCACGGCACGAAGGGCAGCGCGCCCUGCCGGCUCCC